AGUUAAUACCGAACACUCGCGCCAGCCAGACGUUGUGUGUGCCCCGCACACUCACAACACACACACACGCUCACACAUACUCACAAACAUUCAUUCAUAUACGUAUAACUCACAGAGAGUUGAGUAAAAACCCAAAAAACUAGCGAAGUUCAAACAUCGCGUCGGCAUCGGCAUCGGAAUCGGAAGUUCUUUUUGGCUUGUCGUCGUCGUGACCGAGUUUGAAGUCGCCUCAUACAAAACGCAUGCUGAGCUGCUAUUGAGGCAGCAGACACCUAUGGAAAUAUCAUCAUGUGGCUUGGAUCUGUCAGCGGCGUGGCAAAGCAACAAUAUAAUCGGCAUCAACAGCAACCAGAGCAACAGCAACAGCAGCAACUGCAACAACAACAGCAACAGCGACUACAGCGCGUUGUCUUGCAUCUGAAAACCUAACAGCAAUCAAACGAAUAAUAAUCGCCGCUAACUAAAAUAAAUCGCUAAUCGCUGCUAAUCGUAAAUCGUUAAUCGUUCGGUCGAUCAUCAGCAAAUAACAAGCAAUAAUAAAAGUAUCGCAUUUGUGUUAUGUUUAUGUGUGUGGUGUAUUCGUUUUGUUUGUUUAUCUGUUGUUUGUAAUAAUAAUACAUAAUAAUAAUAAUAAUAAUACCAUCAUCACAACCUGCCUGCCGCUAACGAUCAUGCAUAGACCAAAGCUAGCAAAUCCUAUAACUGCUGCCGGUAUUGCCUCAUCCAUAUCAAACAAAAACAACAACAGCAACAACAACAAAUCAAAACGUUCACGUCAAUUCAGCAUCAGCAAGCAACCAACAACAACUAACGAAUCUGCUACAGUGUCAUCGUCAACGUUGCCACACUACGAACAGCAUUCGAAUUCGCAUUCGCAUUCACAAUCGCAACUAAUUGACGCUUCAAUUGAUUUAGAACAUUACAUCAGCGCCAUGGAGGCACGACGCAACGACAACGAGCCGGAUGUCUGGGCUCAAUUGCAGCAAAAGGAAUCGGAUAUACUGUUAGCCGCUGAGCUCGGCAAAGCGUUGCUCGAGAAAAACGAAGAGCUGGUGAAGCAGCAAGAGAAACUAAUUGAGGACUAUUCGGGUAAAAUUGAGAAACUUGAACAAGAGAAACAUGUACUACGCCAGAAGUUGGCCAUAGCAGAGGAUGAGAGUGAUCAGCGUGUGCUCGAACUGCAAUCCGAUCUCAAUGAGCUCAAGGACAAACUGCAGACACAGGAUGCGGCCAUUAGGCAGGCGGAAAAGGAGAAAACCAUACUGAUCGAUGAGCUGCAGCAUCAGAACACACGACUCACCGAGCAGAUUCAGGAGGCGCAUGCCACCGAAAUGAAGCUCAGCGCACAGAUCCAAGAACUCAAGGAUCAAUAUCACUACAGAAACAGCAGUCUACAGGAGCACGUGAACAGCCUGGAGUCGAUAAAAACCGAACUAAACCUCACCACAGGCAAGCGACAGGAGUUGGAGCGUCGUCUGCAGCACGCGCAGGAGGAGAAAGAGAGCCUCACCUCAUCGCUGGAGGAAGCAUCAGACAGAAUUCAUAUGCUGGAGCGACAUGCUCGCGAACAGGAAACAAAAUUAGAGACCACGUUACAAGCAUUGGAGCGCUCUCAGCGUGAGAAUAAUGUGCUCAGCGAGCGUUUGGGCGCGGACACCAACUCCAUGCCCGGCAAGAAGAGCUUGCAGUUCGAAAUGGAAUGCGAUGAGGAAGAGGCAAGCUUCACGGAGACGGGCAAACCCAGCCAAAUGUGGAUAGAGGCUCGUUCGGUUUACAUACAGCUGAAAUCCCUGGUGGAUUCGCUCAAAGUGAGCCAUGACGAUGACUCAGGUCUCAAUUCGGACAUAUCGCUGGAUCUGGAAUCCAUGGAUAACACAAUGUCCAGCACAGACCGCAGUGAAGGUGAUCACAUCGCCAUUGAAUUCCGCCAGGGCAUGCUGUCUGCCAUGUCGGAUGAGUUGACGCGGCUGCUGCUCAAUCUGGAUGCGGGCAACUUCAAGAAAAUGCUGGAUCAAACACGCAAUCUUGUGCUGGAACAGGAGGAUGAGAUCAAGCGCAGCCAUCAGCUGAUACAGCAGCUGGAGGCCAAGGUCACCGUGACAGAUGUGGAGCUGCAGAAUGUGAAGGAGGAGCGCGAUCAGGCACGUGGCGAUUUGGUUGACAAUACGGAUCGCGAUGAGCUGCUGACAAAGGCGCAAAAGGAACGUGAUGCGGCCAACGAACGUCGCACCAAGGCCGAGGUGGAGCUGGCAAAGAAUCGCGUCGAGUUAAUGCAGGCCAAUAGCCAGCUGCUCGAGUCCAUUCAACAGAAGGUGGAACUGUCACAGCAGUUGGAGCAAUGGCAAAUGGACAUGCAGGAGCUGAUCGAUGAGCAAAUGCGUUCUAAGUUGAUUAACAAUCGCCGUGUGGCAAGCAGCGAGACGACAUCAGCGCCGCCAAGCAGUGCUGCCGCCAAUCUGGCCAAACGUGUGUCCAGCUAUAAGCUCUGGAGUUUAUUUCAGCGGUAGAUGGACAAAUUUGACAGCGCGCUGGAAGAUCUACGCAACUCUUAUAUUUUUAAUGUAGAAAAGACGUGAGGAAUAAGCAAAGAAGAAGUUGAAGUUAUAAAAUGAGCUAUAUAUUUUUAAUAUUUAUACACACACAAAAGAGAGCCUAGGCAUAUAUCUAUAUAUAUACAUAUAUGUAUUUGUA